CAGAAGAGGUGGUCGCGGUUGUGCCGGUGUUUAACGUUGAACCAACGACCGAGCAAACGCGCCUUUCCCCAGUCUUUCGCGUCUCGAGGACCGGUUACCAUCGUUCAUUCGUUCUCUUCUCGGUCUCGUUCCGUCCGUGUAUUAUUAUUUCGUGUAAUCUGGCUUGUUCUCUCUCUUGUGACUCUCGUCGACGGUGUUGAGGAUGAGGCUGGCUCCUCGACGAACCUUUGGAUCCUAGGCUUCUGCAGUCAGGUUGGGGCGUUUAGGUGACCAAGAGCAAACCUAGGAGGAGGGAUCAUGCGGGUGCUCGACAACCUCUGCGCGCUGGGAUACGUCGCGUUCCUUUUGCUACUCGUCGGUGUACGGGACAGCGGUGGUGGCAAAGUGUCAAAGAGGGCGAAGCCAGUGGACCCAGACGCGGAGGACAACCGCGACAACGAGGACUACUACUACGAGGACGUGGAGGAAAGAAACAAUCCGACGAACGAGGCACCGAUCGUCCCUCCUGGAUUUCUCAGCCCCUCUGUCCGCGAGUAUCUCGAUCUCGGCAAAUCGAUACCCGGUCGAGCAGGCACGGACUACCCAGUGCUGGGCAAAGUCCCUUAUACGAACUUCUACUGCGACGACCAGCCGUAUCCGGGUUUCUUCGCGGACGUCGAGACAAGGUGCCAAGCGUGGCACUACUGCGACAUAGACGGCCGUCAGGCGACGUUUCUCUGUCCAAACGGGACGCAGUUCAGCCAGGCGGUGUUUGUCUGCGACUGGUGGUUCAACGUCCGAUGUGAACUCAGUCCCAAGUUGUACGCCAUCAACAGCCGACUGUACGGCAGACCCACCGAGAGUCCGACCAGGCCGCAUCGGCUCAUCACCAAGGAACUCCUCGAGAAUAUCUUCGUCAGGCGGAAAUGAACCACCUGAAAGAAACUGAAGCUGCGUUCUCGUUUUUAUUGCCAGUGCGACUCCGUCGUCCAUCGAUCGUUCCAUCGAUUCGAUCCGGCGAGGAAAAAAUCAAGAGGCUCUGUUUCGUCGAUGGGUGAACGUGUAUGUCUCUCCUUGUCGAGAAUCGUUCUUGACUUGAUUGCAACUGAAUGAGCAGGAGCGAAUGGUAGAGAAGUGUCUUGUUGGUUGGUCGUAGUUUGAAUUUCGCGCCGCGUGGAAGAAUGUUCCAGAGGGAUUUGGUCGAAGUUUCGACGAUGAAGCGUUCCAACACUUCGUACGAACAAGGCAUUUCUUACAUCUGAACGAGGAUUCUGAACGAUUUCUUACGGGAUGAACGACGACGAGUAAAUGUUAACGUAGAAUAAUUAAUACAGACGAUUGGUCGAAGUAUGGUUGAGAGACAGAAUCUGUUCGAAGUGCCACGACGUUGGUUUUCUGUAGGAUAAAAAUCAUUCUCGACGAUGAUCGAGGAUCGACGAGAAACAAAAGGGGAACGAUCGACGAUUUAAGUGCCACGAACUUACGUCUGCUUUUUGAUUUUCGUCCCUUUCAUUCCUUUGGGACGAGAAAGCGCGCGAAUGGUAGGUACGCGAAUUAUUAGGUGUGGUUAUAUUUGCUAAUCGUACAAAUAAAAAGAAAAAAGAAAAAUUAUGACGAAUGUUAUUAUUAAUAUGACGAACGUGGUAGUAUGCGAUGUACAUAAUGUUCAGCGAAUUUUCUACAGCGAAUCCACUCGUUCGAAACCCGUAAAAUUUUAUUAUCCAAAUAAAGAAGUUAUAGUUGGUUAGAAUGUUAGGGUCUGAAGCAUAUUUGCUCAUAAUGUCUCCUGUACCUUUACUCUAUUGAAACACCCAUUGAUUUAUUUCGGUAUUUACUACGAUGAAACAGAACAUGAUUAAGAACGAUACUAGACGUAACUCCGUCAUGAGAAAAAAAAAGUACAUACAUUUUAAGUGAGGUUAGGCCACCUUGAAUAUGUGAAAUUAAUCAUAUUCCUUUGUAUCUUCUUCUUACAAACGGAUGAAAUUAAUGGAAAAUUUAGAAUAAGGCCUUCAUUAAACGAAUUUUGAGGAA